CUAAUUGUCCUGUCCUACUUCUGAUAAGAAAAUCAGUAGGAGCGUUUCAAAUUGACAAUUACAACCAUGAUUGCAGCCUUCGACAAACUUCAACUGAUGCUGAUACUUUGUGGCGUAUCAGGUUGUUAUGGUUUGCUAUGUUAUUCUUGUAAUGAUAUAAGAACUAGUGAAGAUUGCAUGAAUGUAGUGGAGUGUACCGGAAGGGAGGAGUGUUAUACGAGAGCGGAUGGAUUUAGCAAUGGUAGUGUUCAUUAUUCGAUUGGGUGCACACACGAUAUGCUGCCAGUUGGUCGGAAGAGUGAAACAUUUUGUACAGAAAUGUGCCCUGAUGAUAUGUGUAAUUUAGAUAAAUGUCAACUUCCAGUAUCUCCAAGAAGCAACAUAACUCGACCACCCCGAUGUUUGUCCUGUGAUUUGAUUGACAAUCCUGGUAAUUGUAAAAACCUUGUGCAAUGUCAUAAAGAUGAGAUGUGUUUUAUUCGAGAAAUCGUUACCUAUGGCAACACACGAUACAGACUUGGUUGCAUGAAUUCACAGCAUUGUUCUGCUACGCCAAAACUAUCCUCACCAUCAUCGGCGUUAGUAGGGAAGCGCUCUGAUGUGACACAUAGUUCGUGUUCCCUGUGCUGUUCUAAGGAUCACUGUAACGUAAAAGCUUGUGGAAUUCAACAGCCUUCGGAUAGACACGUCUUUGAUUUGCGUCUCCUUGGAAAUGUGAAGACAUGCUUUGAUUACAAUCCAACGGCCUGUGCUGCAUUUGGUGCACUUAAUUCGGAUGCAUGUAAAGCUAUAGCUGAUGUGGAUAACCUCUGUCCUGCAUCUUGCGGAAUGUGUGGUCACUUUGGCUGGACAAAGUGGGGAGAAUGGUCUCAAUGUUCCGUGUCAUGUGACAGGGGAACAUCUGUAAGAAACAGAAUAUGCGUGCAUCAGCUUGAUGCAUCGAAGAACGAGACGUGUGUUGGAGCGAGAAAUGAUACUAAGAACUGUAGCAUUGAACCAUGUGCAGUUGACGGUCAGUGGUCAGACUGGAGCGUCUGGGGUAAUUGCUCUGUUACUUGCGAAAAUGGAACACGUACCCGGCAAAGGGAAUGCACUGACCCUGGACCUCAGUUUGGUGGCAUGAAUUGCACUGGUGAUACUUUGGAAAUUGAGGAAUGUUCGUCGCAACCUUGUCCAGUCGACGGGGAAUGGUGCUGGAGGCAAGUAAUUGAAUGCUCAUACUCGAGUUACUACCGACAGUACAGAAAUAAUGGCUAUGGCUAUGAACGAACAACUUGCGGGUGUCCUUCCCCGUCGAAUGGAGGCAAAACAUGUAGCUAGAUAUCUGUAUUUACUUAUUUUGAAUUGUUUAUUUAUUAAAAGUAAACGUUGGUGAUUUGUUCUAUUU